UUAAAAAUGAUACCACGUACAGUUUUCAAAACUAUACAGUUUUACGUUAAACUGGAAAAACGGCAAUAAAUUAAUUUGAAAAUUGAAAAAUUAGUUGAAUUGUUUGCUCGUUUGCUUCCUUGGAAGAGAUAAUUUUCUGAUAUUUGUUGUUGUUGCUUGUCACAAAAAGACACUUCAACUUAAGUUGAUUGUUUCAAAUCACGACAAUCUGUUUAAUGACAAAUAGUUGUGCAUAUUGAUGCUGGAAUGACAGAAACGGAACGAAAGCUUAGUUUGCGCGGAGCACGUGAAGGCAUCAUAGCAGAGCUCGCUAGCUAGCAGCUUCUGCAGGUGCGAUGCACCACCGGGGCAGCUCGUCGGUUCACCUGCAAAUGAUCUUUUGGUUUACGUCACGCCUACCAUUCCAUUAGUAUGUUUUAAUUAAAGGUGCUCAUUUAUUUAUAAGCUAUUUUUAUAUUGCACUUCCGCGUCAACCACCCAACCCUGAAAGAUGGGCGAGUUUAAGAGCAGUGCUCUUGGCCGGGUAACGGUGUACUCUAUCCAGGGCUGCCCACGCUGUGUGCAAGCUAAGGCCACCCUCAAGGGCUUGGGGGUGCCCGUAUGUGACGUGGACGUCGGCGCUCAUUCAAAGCUCAGGGGGAUGCUAACAGAGCUGACGGGACACAGCACCGUACCUCAGAUCUUUUUUAACCACGUCUACGUUGGUGGGGGGGAUGACCUCCUGGAACUGGCUCCUGAGGAGCUUGAGAGGCUGGUGACCCUGGUCAAAGACCAACUCUCACUGGAGCGACCUCCUCCAGCAGAAGCCCCGCCGCUUCCAGACAGGAAUCUAUCAGUGGAUGUGGGCAGAGCAGCUGAUGGAGCUGCUGAGCUCUCUUUGCUUCUACGAGAGAUUACUCUGAAACUGUUCUCGGAGCAUCUUUCUGAUGACGGCAAGUCUGUGGACUACAGUGGGAUGUGUGUGAACCCUGGGUUUGCACGUUACUGUGAGCUCGCCGUUCAGCUGCAAAGGGUGGAGCUGCUGUCACUGAGCCGUGACGAGAAGCUGGCCUUCUUCAUCAACAUCUACAAUGCCUUAGUCAUCCAUGGGUUCCUACGCCUGGGAGCCCCCACCAACCUGUGGCAGAGAUACAGAUUCUUCAACUACGUGAGUUACUUUAUUGGAGGAGAAGUUUUCACUUUGCAGGACAUUGAAAACGGUGUCCUGAGAGGGAACAGGAGGGGUGUGGCUCAGCUGCGAAGGCCCUUCUCCAAGUCAGAUCCACGUCUUCAGGUGGCACUUCCUGAUGCUGAGCCCCUCAUUCACUUUGCCUUGAACUGUGGUGCAAACAGCAGCCCACCUAUUAAAAUAUACACUCCACAGGAUAUCGACAUCCAGCUCCGCGCAGCAGCCGAGGCCUUCCUGGAGAACGACGGCGGCUGCCUGGUGGAUUCUGAGAAGGGAGAAGUGAGACUGAGUCAGAUAUUCAAGUGGUACAAGUCUGACUUCGGAGGCACCGAUGAGAAGGUGCUGAAGUGGGUGCUGGAUCACAUGGGAGACUCUGAGAAGAAGGCCAGGCUGCGGGGCGUCCUUUCUUCUGGGAAGAUUAAAGUCACCUUCCUUUCUUAUGACUGGAGCUCCAACAACUCCCACUGAGCCUGCGUGGUUUGAUUGAUCUCUAAACGUUCUCUUCUUGACUGAAUCGAGAGGGUUGAUGAUGAACUCCAAACCAAACGAGCUGUGCACCGUAGCUCUGAAUCAAACUUUAACCGUAGGCUGACCCCUUCUUUCCACCGAACGUGAAAGCAUCACGAAACGUACUGCACGGCUAUUUGCCGCCGUUCUAGUGGACGGGUUCCUUUCCUCGGCAGUAAAGUGUAACAUUUUGGACGUGACCCAUAAGUGAAGGGACACUAUCAUUACAUCUCAAGUCUAUGUUUUAGGUGCUAUGCUUCCAAAACGUCAAACUCACGUGUGGUGUUGCAAUUCUCCUGUGAUGCGGGACCAGCGGCGUGGAAUGUUUGGGCUAUUGUUUCAGAUGAGUUUGUGGGUAAAACAAUGCAUUCAUGUCACGCAGCGCUAUCACGUUACAUAUGCCACUUUCACGUUGCCCGCCGCGUACACAUUACACGCCACACUUACUUACCCGCCGCUUUCACGUUGCCCGCCGCGUACACGUUACAUGCUGCUUUCAUGUCCAGUGGAAAGAAGGGGUAACUGUUUGUGGGGAAAUUUGCAAACCAACAUUUUGUUCUCCAACAGGUCAGCAGUAGCAUGUUUGUUCAUCUGACCUUUAAUGCUUUUGGACUCUGGUUCCUUGUUUUUUCCAGCAGCUCAGGAGUGAAGGAUAACUGCUAUGCUAAAUCCUGCUUUGACGAGCCAUUUCAAAGCCCCACAAACUCCUGAAUCUGGUCUUUUAAGAGCUGCAGAUUUAGGUUUUAAAGUCUCCAGAUGUCAAAAUGCAUAAUUCUGCUUUACCUGCGAGCAGCUUCUCCUUUGUGUUUCAGUGCUGUUGCAUCGAUUAUUCAGAGUUUUUAUACCGGUCUCGAGGCGCUUUAAAUCCAGGUCUUCCUCCGAUGCUCGUUAUUAAAGGGCUCUUGCUGCGUUUUUACCAGAGUUACAUUAACUCCACGUUUUUGGAAUGAACUCUGACACUUGGCAUGUCUAUUCUAACUUUGUAUGCUGACAUGUUUGUACUUCGUUCACCAAGUUUUAGGCUUGUUGUAGUUCUAAAUGUCAAUAAUGAGCAAACUUUAUGCAAUUAUUUCAUCAUGUUGGCUGAAGUGAACGUUUUCCGUCUCACACCUGCCGUAACACGCUGUUCAGCUCACUUAGGUGUGGGUUUUAAUUUAAAUCUAGAAGUUUAAGAAAACUUUAGUUUUUUAUUCUUUUUUUAAGGAUGAUUUUUUUUCACCAUAGAUUUAAAAUUAGUUCCACUUAUUUAAUAUCAGAACGACAAAUGCUGCAUGUUUAAGCACUUUUACCUUUCCAAGGCAGCGUUGCAUGAUUUCAUAACGUUUUUAUUAAACUCGGCAGCACCAGAGCCAAACACUGGUCUUAGGAUGUCUGGUGUGCAUGAAGAGGGGCCGGAGAGGCCUGCAGCGGCAAUGCUUGGUUAUAAAGGAGGAGUUUGCAGAUCUGUCAUUAAUAAGCUGCAAAAAUGUAAUAUUGCUGAGGAAGAUGACACGUUGUUCUUAAAAUGACAUCAUUUUCUACUCUUUGGUGUCCUUGAGUGAAAACUGGACAACAUGGGAAGCACUUUGUGGUGAAAAUGAUCAUAAAAAGAGGUUUUUCAUUUGUACCUCAACUGUAUCAGGAAAAUCGUAUGCAAAACUUUUAGUAACAAUUCUAAUAAAAAUUGUAAUACUUA